AUGGAGAUGAACCAGAAGAGGAAUGGAGGUGAGGUUCUUGAUGGGUCCAACAUUAUGGAGUUGGUUGGAAAUGAGCAAGGAUUCAGUAAGUAUGUGGACAGGAAGUUUCAUCAACUGGAUAAGGACAGAGAUGGGAAGCUUUCUUUGAAGGAACUCGAGCCGGCUGUCGCCGAUAUCGGAGCGGCUCUUGGUUUGCCUGCUCAGGGAACUACUCCUGACUCUGAUCACAUCUAUUAUCAGGUGUUGAAUGAAUUCACUCAUGGCAAGCAAGAAAAAGUGAGCAAGAGUGAGUUCAAGGAAGUUCUCUCAGACAUUCUAUUAGGCAUGGCUGCUGGACUGAAGCGAGAUCCAAUCGUUAUACUACGUAUGGACGGGAAAGAUCUCUCCGAGUUUCUUAAUGGUCCGGGCUAUGAUGCAGAAAUGACAUCCAUAUUCUCUCAGAUUGGAAACUCGAGUACAUCACUUCGCGAACAUGUUAUUGAAGCUUUUGGAAGACUCGAUGUUGAUCGAGGAAUUCCGCCUACGUCAGAUUCUUGGGUUUUUAACAACAUUUUGGAUCCGGCAUUGUUGUCUCGAGGAUUGGAUAGACCUGUUACCGAUCAAGCGACUUUUAUGGAAGAAUUCAAGAAAGUGGCAUUCAGUGUGGUUGAUUAUCUUAAAGAGAAGCCUGUCAUUGUAGCCCAUAGUGAAAACACCUUUGAUGGAAGUGGAGUCAAGAGACUCUUAUCGAACAAGUUUCAAUUAGACAAGACGAUGAACACGACUAUAGAUAAUCUUCCAAAGGACCGAAACGGAAAAAUUUCGAAGCACUAUUUGCGCGUGGCACUAGACGUGGUGUCUCCGUCUGCUGGUUUACCUCCGGUCGGUGCAAUUGAAGAGAUGGAUAAGAUUAUUAAUGAAGCUUUUAAGACGUUAGAAGAAAGUCCUAUUGCUAUUUCUUCAAAUUCAGUUGUGCAUGAACCUCUAAGCUCAUCUUCUACACUUUUGCACCCAUCUUAA